AUGAACACGACCUUCAACAGUGCUCUCAAGCAGAGCACCUCCAUCCGCAGAGACCUCUCCAGCCUCUCCUCACAACCCCUCGCAACAGCCGCAUCCACCGACUCGCCCUCCUCCUCAUCCUCUCCCGCCAACGUCCUCAGCCCCGCCGCCCUGGGCUCCCUCUCGGCCUCCCUGACCGCGUUCCAGCGGACCAUCGACGAGUACAACUCCCUCGCCAAGCAGGAGCUCAACCCGGCCAAGCAGGAGAAGGCUUUCGAGCGCAUCCGCAACUUCCGCACCGAGCUAGCCGAGUACCGUCGCGGCUUUGAGACCGUCAAGAACGCGAGGGAGGAAGUCCUGCACAGCCAGAACCGAAGCGAGCUGUUGGGCAGGCGGCCCUAUGCCAACGACACACCUGAGAACCCUUAUGCGAACAGCACCGGCGCAUCCUCUGCCUUUGGAGGAGGGGGCCAUGUGAGGAAUACCAGCGGCGGCGGCGGCGGUGGUGGCGGGUUUGGUGUUGGUGGCGAUGACGUCGCGCGCGAGGAACACGCGCUGAGGGAGCAGAACUUCUUUGCAGGGGCGAACUCGGCGCUGGAUGAGUAUAUUGCGCGCGGCCAGGCUGUGCUGGGUGAUCUUGGCACGCAGAGGGAUAUGCUCAAGAACACGCAGAAGAGGUUGUAUUCAGUGGGAAAUACCUUGGGCGUGUCAGGCGACACCAUCCGGAUGAUCGAACGCAGGGCACGAGAAGAUAAAUGGAUAUUCUGGGCUGGGGUCGUCAUCUUCUUCCUGUUCUGCUGGCUGGUCCUGCAUUUUCUGAGAUAA